UCUAUAUAUAAGUAUUCUAUAAACAAAGUACUGUGACAGUGAGCUGUAAAUUGAUUGUAAAUCUGAUAUGUAUUUGGUAGUAUUUUAGUUUUUCAUUGUUUGCUAUAUUAUCCAAUAUGACAGUUUUAGUAGAUUUUAUUAUUGUUGGUGUUAUUAUGUGUAGGAGUGUUCUUCGUUGUUUUACCCAAUUCCAAUCUGCUGCCUCUUUGCAAGCGUGUGGAUGUCAAGCUAUUGCAUGUCUUGCUAUGUCAGAUCAAAACAGAGCUAUGCUACUAGAGCAUGGUAACGCUGGUGUCUUACUACUAUCCGCUUUGAAUAUGCAUCGAGAUGACAUCACUGUGCAGGAAAAUGCAUGCAAAGCUAUCAGUUAUGUUGUACGAUCUGAUGAAUGUUAUCAGCUAGAGGUAGUUCAAAACACUGAACUCAUGUCAUGGUUGCUGACAACAUUGUCUAUGCACAAUAAUGAUGAAGAGGUUGUUGAACAAUGUUUUUGGGCAUUACGAACACUUGCAUCUACAGAGGAAGCACAGAGACUUCUUGUGAACUUUAGUUGGGACCCUCCAAUUUAUGAGUUGGCUGUAAAGGCUCUUGACAACGAAAGUUUUUGCUCAGAAGAAGGAGUGUUGUCUUCUGCAUGUGGUCUGCUUGAGGCAUUGUGUUCUAGUGGUAAGUGCACGUUGGUCAUUCGUUAA